AUGCGAUCUAUGUCGGCCUUUGUAGUCGCCGCCCGAAUGCCCUCGCUGGCACGUCGACAUUGCAUACCGCCGUCCGUUGACGAAACGGUGGGAAAGGUGAAGAUCUGGUUCCAGAACCGUCGGAGCAAGUACAAGAAAAUGAUGAAGGCUGCUCAAGUGGGUGCACCACCUCCCAACCUUGGCCUGCCUCCGGGAAGUCCGCCUAAUAACAAUCAAUUGUUACACGGUGGCGGAGGCAGUUCUAGCGGGUCCCAGCACUCGCCAUCGGCAUAUCAGGGCGGCCCGACGCAAGCGCACAGUCCCACGCCCAGCUCGACGCCCGUAUCAGAGCUCUCCCCGGGUCUGUCCCCCACGGGGACGCCUUGGGACGUGAAGCAGCCCCCACAGCAGACGUGGGAUGUUAAGGUUGGAUAUCCGAACGCUGGACGUUCACCAGACGGCAGUUGUGACGUCAAACCUCACCAGCAGUCCUGGGAUCCUCGGGUUGGCUAUGGCGCGCCUCCCGGCCCUUGGGACAUGAAAGGUGCGCACGCGCACGCACUACAUCACCAGGGGGCGCCGCAGCCGCACCCCCCGUACGUGCCUCAGUACUCCUGGUACCAGGCUGAAGCCAACCCAGGAUUAUUGACUGAAAACGGUUUAGCCCUCUUUCACCGGAUGGGUCUCCGGAGCCAAUUUUUAGGACCAAAUGAGCAGAGUUACGACAGCUGA